UCCGGCUUGAUUAGUCUGUUUUUGAGCCUCACUGGAAACGGUCGUUGCUGCAGUUGAGCUUGGUAAUCGAGUCAAGUGAUAACGCGGGAAAUAAAGCACUGGAGAUGGGGCAAUCGCUGCCGCUGCUCAUCCGCCUCGUCGUUGUGAUCUGGCUGACAAUUAGUAUGGUCACCGCAUGUCCCCGGGCGCCCACCCACUUGAACCACGGUCGACGCACACGCGGCGACAAUGGAUACAAAUUAAUUGUGGCCGAUGGACCCAACGGCUAUGUGCCCGGCAAGACAUAUAAUUUACUUCUACUUGGAUCCCGGACUCACUUGAAAGUUCAGCAUUUCACCCACUUUACCAUUGCUGCGGAGGCACACACUGGCGCCCGUCGUCCCCAGGCAGCUAGUCCGCGGCGAGUGGGCCGCUUCCAGCUGUUUAGUGACUCCUUGACCCAAUUCAAUGACAGAUGCGUGAACACUGUUUCCGAGGCGGACGACCUGCCCAAAACAGAAGUCCAGGUAAUGUGGGUGGCUCCGGAGUCGGGUUCUGGCUGUGUCUCUUUGUCAGCAAUGGUCUACGAGGGUCCGAGAGCCUGGUUCGCCGACGAUGGCAACCUAUCCACCGUGAUCUGCGAACGAAAGCCUGAUGCAGCUGCUGCUCAAAAGGAAUGCUGCGCCUGCGAUGAAGCCAAAUACAGCUUCGUUUUCGAGGGUAUCUGGUCAAACGAAACCCAUCCCAAGGAUUAUCCGUUUGCCAUCUGGUUAACCCACUUCUCUGACGUGAUUGGUGCCUCGCACGAGUCCAACUUCUCCUUCUGGGGCGAGAACCACAUAGCCACCGCCGGAUUCCGCUCUCUGGCGGAGUGGGGUUCUCCGGCUGCUCUAGAAACGGAGCUGCGAGCGAACGGGCCCAAGUUGCGCACCCUGAUUAAGGCGGCUGGGUUGUGGUACCCGAAUGUCAACCAGAACACCUCAUCCAAGUUUCGGGUGGAUCGCAAGCACCCUAAGGUAUCGCUAGUGUCCAUGUUUGGUCCUUCUCCCGAUUGGGUGGUGGGCAUUAGUGGUCUGGAUCUCUGCACUGAGGAUUGCAGCUGGAAGGAGUCAAUGGACUUUGAUUUGUUUCCAUGGGAUGCGGGCACGGAUAGCGGCAUCUCUUACAUGUCGCCCAACUCGGAGACGCAACCUCCGGAAAGGAUGUAUCGCAUCACCACAAUGUAUCCAGAGGAUCCUAGGGCUCCCUUUUAUAACCCCAAGAGCCGUGAGAUGACACCACUUGCAAAGCUAUACCUAAGACGUGAGAAGAUUGUCUCCCGGAACUGCGAUGAUGAGUUCCUGCAGGCUCUUCAGCUGGAGGUGUCCGACGAUGCUGAUGAGCAGGACACCAGAGCCGAAUGCCGAGUGAGUGACUACUCCGCCUGGAGUCCGUGCUCCGUAAGCUGCGGCAAGGGAAUCCGCAUGCGCAGCAGGCAAUACUUGUAUCCCGCGGCGGCGGAUCAGAACAAAUGCGCUCGCCAACUGGUGGCCAAGGAAAUGUGCGUGGCUGCCAUACCCGAAUGUGCCGAUGGCUCAGCCCAACCCAAAGAUCGUGACGAUGAUGAGGGUGAGAACCUAGCCAACUCGCAGUCCCUGGUGGGCAGCAAUGGCGAGGGAGCCGGUGUCUGCAAAACUUCUCCCUGGAGCGUCUGGUCCGAGUGCUCGGCCAGCUGUGGCAUUGGCAUCACCAUGCGCACGCGCACCUUUGUCAAUCAUUUGGGACGCAAGCGAUGCCCCCAUAUCACCAUAGUGGAAAAGAACAAAUGCAUGCGGCCGGACUGUACAUACGAGCAGGUGGAGCUUCCUGAUCCGCAAUGUCCCACCACCCAGUGGAGCGACUGGAGUCCGUGCACCUCGACCUGCGGCCGGGGAGUCACCAUUCGGACUCGGCUGCUUCUGCUGGAGAACGGUCCCGAUAAGGAGAAUUGUACGCAACGCAUGGAGCUGCACCAGCAGAAGGAGUGCGUCAAUCCCAUCGACUGCCACAUAAACGCGGAGCAAGCCAAGGACAUCUGUGUACAGGCACCGGACUCGGGUCCCUGUCGUGGCACCUACAUGCGGUAUGCCUACGAUCCGCAGAACCAGCGUUGCUCCUCCUUUGCCUACGGAGGAUGCCGUGGCAACCGAAACAACUUCCUCACGGAGAACGACUGCCUAAAUACGUGCAAUGUGCUUCGGUCGCCAUAUUCCUCAAGAGCGGAUCAGCCCAGGGCCUGCGUCCUGUCAGAUUGGUCCGGGUGGUCGGCCUGCAGCGUUAGCUGCGGAGUCGGAGUCUCCGAGAGCCGGCGCUACGUUGUCACCGAGCCCCAGAAUGGUGGUCAGCAGUGCUCCAAGCGCCUGGUCAAGUCACGUUCUUGCGCCAUGCCGGCUUGCUAAGGCGCUACACUUGUAGCUACACUUGUUGCUCAUCACACUUUGUAAAUCGUAUUCCUCUGGAGUCAUUAAAAACGCACUUUUCUAAUAAAGUUCUUAAACUGUAA